GGACGUCAGCAUUGGGAAGUGAUGAUCACAUGAUCGUAUUUGGGUUCCUGUUUACUACUCGAGGACCGCAAUUUAGCUAGAUAGGUUACAGCAUUGGGGUCGGGCGGAUUUCCAUUGCUACAGGAGAAUGUUACUUUUUGUUGCAUUUUACGAAUCAACGAAAUCUGUACUAUUGUCAAAAUUAUUUGAAUAGUCACAUCUUUUUUUUUUUAAAUUAUUCUGUAAAAGAUGAGAACGUGACAUUGAUGACACUGAAGGAACGUCAAGGCCGGGAGUCCUCCGGAUUUCCUGUGUAAUGUGCCCGGCAAUGUUUGGAUUCUUCUGUGGAAGUUAUAUUUAAGAUAAGAAUAUGAAAGAGUGGUGGACAAGAAGCCUCGAGCAAAGCAGUCAUCUGUUUCUGUUGUAAAUGGGCAGAACUGUUAGUUUUCUAGGUGCUUUAUCACACUGUUUGUUGGUUGUGGUACCACAAACCAUAAGUAUCGUAUCGCUAGCUGGCUUCGAUUUUUAGCUACGUUAGCUAACCCAGAUAGCUACUUAGCUAACUAUAGGUUGAAGGCAUCCCAGUUGUGAGGAGUUCACUAACGCUGGCUAGCUAGCUAUCUUACAGUCUAAUUAACUUUCACCUCGGGGUAUCACCUCGGGUAUCACCUCGCCGGUACCCUGAACUCUAGACGUCUCCCCGGGCCCGGCCCCCUUAAACGGGCGGUGAGGAAGAAACUAGGUGGUAAGGGAUGGCCUGGAGCUUCCUCCCGGCCUCCAGGAGCAGCGGUGUUUGAGGGAGGGCAAGUUCGGAUUGAGCACAAGGGUCGCUGUGCGAUGAUGGCCACGUUCCCUUCUUCGGCCGGGAGCUUGACUGCUUCGGCCAUCACGGGUCGCAAGAGCGAGGAAAUAGCUGAUUUGAUAGAGUUGUUUUCGAAGACCCAGUACAGAGCGAAGGAGGUUACCACGCGGGUGCAGAGGAUAGAAACGCGAUGCUUGGAAUUGUUUGGUCGUGACUACAAGUACAGCGUCAUCCAGAACACCAAUGGCGAGGUGUGCGGACACUACCCGCGGCACAUCGUUUACUUGGAGUAUGAAUGUACUGAGCCCAGUAAAGAAAGUUUUGAGAGUACAGUGCAGAUAAGUAAGCUGCAGGAUUUGGUGAACCGCAGUAAGAUGGCUCGCUGCAGGGGGAGAUUCGUCUGUCCAGUCAUCCUCUACAAUGGCAAGCAUGUGUGUCGGUCUUCCACGCUGGCGGGUUGGGGGGAACUGUAUGGACGUACUGGAUACAACUAUAUUUUCUCAGGGGGAACUGAUGACACUUGGGCAGAAUCAGAGGAAGUACCAGAGGAAGAUGCUGUUGUCCGGAAUGGGGAUUCCCAGUUGUUUGAUAAGGUUAGGGGUUCAGACAUUAAGCUGCUGAAGUAUCUGUCUGUGCGCUACAUUUGUGACCUCAUGGUGGAGAAUAAGAAGGUCAAGUUUGGCCUCAAUGUCACCUCCUCUGAGAAAGUUGACAAGGCCCAGCGCUAUGCAGACUUCACCCUGCUCUCUGUGCCUUACCCAGGGUGUGAGUUCUUUAAGGACUACAAAGACAGGGACUACACUGCAGAGGGACUGGUCUUCAACUGGAAUCAGGACUAUGUAGAUGCUCCCUUGACAAUCCCUGUGUGCUUUUCCAAGAGCCUGAACAUUGACUGGAGUGAAUAUCAGUCAUGGGACCUGGUGCAACAGACCCAGAAUUACCUGAAGCUGCUUCUGCACAUCAUCAACAUUGAUGAUGAAAGUGGUUUGUUGGUGCACUGUAUAUCUGGCUGGGACAGGACUCCCCUAUUUGUGUCCCUUCUGAGGCUCUCUCUGUGGGCUGAUGGUGCUGUUCAUGCCAGCCUGGAGCCAUCUGAGAUCCUCUACCUGACCAUUGCUUAUGACUGGUUCCUCUUUGGUCACAUGCUGCCUGAUCGUCUCUCUAAAGGGGAGGAAAUUUUCUUUUUUUGCUUCAAUUUUUUGAAGCAUAUUGUCUCUGAGAAGUUCUCAGUCAUUAGGAAGCAGAGGAGGAAAAACUCUCACCUCAAAGACACUGAUUUCACAGUGGAUGACCUCUGCCAGUUAAAGUCCAGAGACAGGGGCAGUGUGACCAGUCUGAGUAGUGAUUUUUCUCUAAUCACUGAGGAUGUACCUUCCAGUGGUCCAGCAGAGCAUGUGGACCUGCCCUCAACUGGGCCACAGUCCUCCACCGGGAGGAAAGCUAUGACCUCAUCUCCUCAGACUGUGCUUUGGAACAGGCCAAUUUUGCUUGAUGAGCGGCUACCUCAUGCAGUCCCUGAGGGCAAGUCUUCUAGUUCCUCGUCCUCUAACCAGUCAGAGCAUGGCUUCAUCCGUACAGGCAGCAGCCCAUUGGCUGUGCCAGGGCGAAGGUCCAUGGCGGAGUAUGCUCGCUCGGGCUCCUCUCUCUCCACAGAAUAUGGUAGCUGGCAGAUUGUCUCAGGCUGUGGGAGCAUCCAUGAUGCUGCUCCUCUCCCCACGGAGUCGCCUUUCCCCUUCAGCUUCCAGGAUGAGGGGCCCGGUGGCCGGAUGUGUGCAUAUGUGUCUGAGAGGCAGGCUCGGUUGGAAGCAGUGAGGGAGAUUUUCCUGGCGGCCUAUAGCUCCACAGUGGGGCUGAUGUCCUCCUCUCCCAGCCCCUCUGGGGCGAUCUCUGGUCUACUGGAGCAGUUUGCCCGUGGUGUCGGCCUCCGAGGCACCAAUACUAUUGUCUGAGUUCAAUCCCUUCUUCUCCUGUCCGUUACUUCUGCCUUUCCAUCCUUGUUUACUAAUAGUAAAACACCAACAGAAGGUUUCCCAAUUCUCCCCAUCUUCUCGGUCUAUGGCAUCCACUGGUUUCCUGUCUCGAGUAGUUAUGCUCUAAUCCCAGGAAGAGGCCAUAUUUAUGUUUAAAUCCAGAAGCGCCACAUUUUGUCCCCCACAGUCUUUUCACACAGACCUUAGAUUUGCAGCACCCACUCCCUCUUACUCCAGUGCUACCCAUGCCGUUGCUCCGAUUCUCCCUUUGUCAACCUUUCCCACCACCUUUCUGUUUCCUCACUGCCUGUGUGAUCACCAUUCCAUCUGGACUUGCAGAGGAAAAGUGCCAAACAUAAACCCAGGAGCUAACUUUAUUUCUUCCUUUUUGAAACAUUUUAGCUUUCUUUUUUUUAAUUUGUACCUACACACCAAAUGUAACUGAGGUGCCUCUACUAAAUUUCUGCUUGUAUCCAAUUUGCUUGAUUUUGUUUUUUUUAGCCUCGUUUUCCCCCUUUAAUAUAUUGUUUUCUAUUUUUCCCUUUCAUCAAUUUUUUUUUUCCUAUAAUUUGAUUAAAAUGAAGGUAGGAUGAAGUGAGGGCAUGAUGAAUUAGACAAAAAGGAAAGAGUUUCUUUCACACUUCUGUGUUCAUAGUUAAACAGCUGUCAUAAGAACAGUAAUAAAGAAUUUAUUAAAUGUGUAAUGACAAGUGUGGAUCUUAAAGGCUAUGCUUAAAAGUACUGUCAACUGAAAUUCAGCUGGCUAUCUGGCCUGUAAAACAUAACAAAACCUGUGAAAAAGCUCCUAUUUAUGUUUGUCUUGAUAUUUGUUUAGAAAUGGCACUUGAUUUGGAAGUGAAAAUGAAGCAGCGAUAUUUUUAUUUUUAUUUUUAUUAUUAUUAUUUUUUCCCUUUUUUCCUGAUUUAUGGAACUUGUCCUUGAAUUUAAUUUUUUUUUGUUGCCUGGCUUUUAAAUACUUAAGAUUUUCUUUUUAAACAUCAUAAAUAUGUUUAGUGAAGAUGUGAAAAAUCUGGGUGUUUAGGAUCAAUACCCUUCUUGAGGAAACUAAAGUUUCAAUUUUGGGUCUCCUGUCAAUCUGCGAUGGGCUAGCAAUCCAAAGUCUCAAUGUCCUGAGCCACAUGGACUCAGACCUUAUUCAGUUCUUCUCAUUAUCUGUUUUUCAGUUGUUUUUCUGUAUAAAGUUUUGCCUUUAUUCUUAGUUUUUUUUUUUAAUGAUUACCUAUUUUUUGGUUACGCUUCAACAAGCACAACAGUAAUGUAACCAGCAGGCCCACUAAAAGGAAAACUUGGGAACUGCUGCACUUGAGUUCCUGUUCAGGGACAGUAAGACCUUUCAAAUAGCAAUCACACCUCCUAAGACGUACUUAUAUGCACCACAUGCCCGCUGAAAGUUAACUUGUGUCUGGGACACUACUCCAGCAGUUACUGUCUGGCUCUUAAACUAAUUCCUAUGAUUUUCAACCUAAUCUAUCUACUGCAUUUGCAGCAUAUAGUUGAUUGCCAUAAACAGUAAUUUUGAUGCAUUUGUUUGUACUUGAUAAAAAACAACGGGGAAAAGCCUGUAGAUUCAAAAUAUAUUGGAAGCCUUAAUAAAGCUGUAUGUGCUCAACAACUUCCCAUAGGAUACUAUUAGAAGUGGGUUUUAAGUUGGCAUUUUUUCCUGUUAGUUUUGUCUGUGAUAAUUGACCACACUUUACCAUUGUUGUAAAUGAAGAUUGGGUUGAAAAAUGCUAGAGUAUUCCUUUAAGAUUACUAAUUCAAUUGUUUUGGUGAAGGUUUUAAUUAUAAUGGACUGUUGUAACAGCAGUAAGCUGAGUACAUAUCCUAAAAACAUUGGCAAAUAUUCUUCAUAUAAUUUCACCCAAUGCAUCCUUCAGCUAGAUUGUAUUAAGGUGUACCUGACAAAGCAGCACGACAGCCACUGCUUACAUGUACUUCACAGAUUACUCAAAGUACUGUGAGGUUUAGCAAUAUUAGUCUUAAGGUUGCAAGUGUUGCUGUUGUGCAUGGUGGUGAAUGGUUGUGUUGGAUACGUAAAGAAGACAGCACUUAAUUUAAAAAUGGGUUUUGUGUUCUUUGCUAAUCGGUUUUAAUGGCCUUUUUACCUCAGGACCAUGUGUUGUGCCUUUCUUUCUGUUGACAUGGGGCAAUAUAUUUUUAACUUUUUUUUUUUUUUCUGGCAGUUGUAGUGUUUCUUAUGCAAUUCAAGGAUUUACGGUUUUACUGCUUCAGAGUCUUCAAACUAUUUACAUUUGAACAAGUUUUUGGAUGAGCGUUUUACAGACCAUCAACCAACCCCCUACCCACCUUUCUUUGUACUGAUUUACUUGAUUGGUUUAUUUUUCUUAAUUAUUGCUAAUUGAAACUCUUGGGGUAGUUUUCUAAUUUGUUUGAGUUUUACAAACUUGUGGAGAUGUUGGGGCAUCUAAUAGCAUUUCUGAGUGAGUCACCUAGGAAAAGAUUGACUGACUUAUUUUUCUUCUCUUAUUAUAAUGCUCAUCUUGGCAGGUCUUGGAUUUUCUUUUUAUAGAUCUGUCAUGCCCAGCACUUUUAUUGUGCAUACAAAAAUGUUGAGCCCUGAAGUUAUUAUAAUAGGAAUUAAGCACUUUGCAUUAAUAUUACUUCUUUUCUUUGCUUGCCUAAGUUUUCUCUCAUUUGUCUCUGGGCUUUCAAUAUUGAAAAUUAGGGGUUUGGCAUUUUAACUUCAGGAUAUACUUAUUUUUCGUUUCAGUAUUUUAAGGAUGUUUUGCACUCAUCUUUUCAUGUUCAUUGUAGUGCACCAUAUUUCUUUGUAUAGUUUUUUGUUUUAAUUAUAAAUUAAUUGAUCCUUUAUUAAAAUUCUCUACACUGUAGAGAAUGUUAGCUGGGGAGAUAUGGGACAGAGGAUUACGCUCUUCUGCUGGAAAUAAAACAAAUUAAAGCAACAGCCUGUUUUUCUA